AUGAUCCAACAAGAACAGUGCACUGGGGCCACCAUUCCAGUGCUGGAUUCAAUAACUGAUAGAUUGCUCAAGAAAUCAAAUAAUGCAAUAGGCAAAAUAGAAGAAAAUAUAAAACUCACCAGUUCGUUGAGAAAUUCUAAUUCACUUAUAUCUCAGAUUGAUACAAAGAUAGAUGGAUUGACCAGUAACUUACAACAAUAUCAAUUCUACCUUUCACAAUUGAACUCAUUACUCAUAAGGAGUGAAUUCUUUGAAGCUCAGCUUAAUAUGUUGGAAGCACAUAAUAAGUUAAAUUCCCUCAGAUCAUCAAAUGGUAUGCCUAGUCUGAAUGAUUGGAAAGAUGAAGAUUUAAAUUGGAGAACAACAGAAGCUACUUUGAGAAACUUGUACUUGGAGUAUCAAUAUUUGACUAAACAAAUGGAACAAUUAUCUGAUCCUCAAUCAUUCAAUUCAUUUAUCAUUUCACAACAUGAUCAACAACAUCAACAAGAACCAGAGCCACAACAACUACACCAACCAACACUUCAAGAUAAAAUGGAUAAUCAAUAUGCAAACCUCAAACCAAUUAGAAUUGUUUCCAAAAGGGAAAGAAGAAGAUCAAUGGAUUAUUCAAAGAAGAAGCCAAUUGCUCAAAUACCAAACCUAUUGAAACACAAGAACCAACAAGAACUGCCCACACCUGAUACAACUUUUGAUAAAUCUUUCAACUAUUCAAUUGAUAAUGAAACUGCUAUUUAUGACACAGUAUUACCUUCCAAUCUGACAACCAAUAACCAACCAACAUCGAGAAGAAAUUCGCAUAAUAAGCAUACAAGAUGUGCUUCAUUACCGGAAUCAAUUGUUUCAAGCAUGCUGGAUACUGUUAGAUUCACACUGAGUGAUGAUGGACUAGCCCAUGAGACAAAGAAAGAUAGAAAAUUCAACCUAAGACAUUUUAUCUCUCAUGAAACUGGGUUGAAAACAAAAUGUAUUCAUGAUGAAGAAGAUGAGGAUGUUAAAGACUCGGAAUUCCUGCAUUCACCAGUAUCAAUCAAACUUGAAUCAUAUUUGAAGGAACAUGUCAAUAGAGAAGAGCCUUCAAAAGUUUCAGAAGAGGAUAUUCUCAUAGAACCACAUGAAGAAGAAGUGACGGUGUUUGAACAUAAAUUGAAUAGAUCAAAUUCAUGUGAUAGUAUCUUUUCCAUGAUGAAACCAGAACCAUUAAUUCCAAGAGAUAAUACACAACAAACAAUGAGCUGGAUGAAACAAUUUGCCAAACCACAAAGCUCAUAUGCCAAAGAAUCUAACGUCACCACCAUAUCCAUCAACAAUCUUUCAUCUUCAAUUUCAUCUCCAAGUAGACAAGCAUUAUCCAAUUUGGUUACUCAAAAUACAACAAAUGCAUCUAUUCAAAAACCUCAAAAUAAAUUCCCAUUUCUUUUUGCUGCAAAGAGAUCAUCACCAUUAGCUGCUCCCGCAACCACCACUACAACUACAGCAGUAUCUGAACAAUCUGCCACCGUGAGUUCCAUACCAGCAUCAGUUAAAAGACAAUUAUCAGUGGAUGACUCUUCGUCAUACCAUUCAUUUGAAUCAUCAUAUUCUGACUCUCAACAGCACAAGCAAUGGUCAUUAUUACUCAACAAGUUCAAACCGAAAAACUUGAUGCCAUCACAUAGUCUUGUGACAUCAGAGGUUGGCAAACCAAUAGCACAAGCUCAACCAAUACCCAUAUCAUCAACAGGUUCUAACCCUAUCCAUAUGCAUAAUCAUUCAAAAACUUUAGGCGCUGAAAAGAUUAAAGGAAGUUUUUCAACAUUGACAAUAGGUCCUAAUCGCUCAAAAAUUGUGCAACAUGGAGAAUCAUCAACAUUAGGUCAAAGUUUAGUUGUUAGUUCCAAAAUCAGUCAUGCUGCUUUGAGAGAUGCUAUUGACAGUGACUUUAUCUUCAAUUAG